AUGGGCAAGCAAGAAGAUACCACACUCGACCAACAUGUGUCAGGCCAGGCCAACGGCAAUGGCCUUUCGAAGCCUGCUCACGCACUCACAUUCGCUCAAGUCACCGAAGACAUCAAGGCCAACGCCGAGAAUGGUCUCUCAUCGGCAGAGGCAAAAGAACGACACGGCACAUAUGGCACCAACGAGCUUGGUGACGCCGGAGGUGUUGAGCCUGGAAAGAUUCUCAUCCGCCAAAUUGCAAACGCGAUGACAUUGGUGCUCAUCAUGGCAAUGGUCGUCAGUUUUGCUAUCAAGUCGUGGAUCGAAGGUGGUGUCGUCGCAGCAGUCAUCGGAUUGAACAUCGUUAUCGGCUUCAUGCAAGAGUUCAAGGCUGAAAAGACCAUGGAUUCCCUCAAGUCACUCAGUUCACCUACUGCCAACGCCGUCCGUGACGGAAAGACCGUCAACAUUCCCACAAUCGAAAUCGUUCCUGGCGACAUGGUCGAGAUCAAGACAGGUGACACGGUACCCGCAGAUGUUAGACUUAUCGAGGCAGUCAACUUCGAGACCGACGAAGCUCUCCUGACCGGAGAAUCAUUGCCCGUCAGAAAAGAUGCCGAAGCCGUAUUCGAUGAAGACACUGGCCCUGGAGAUCGCCUCAACGUCGCCUAUUCGUCCUCAGUUGUCACCAAAGGCCGUGCCCGCGGCAUCGUCUACGCUACCGGCAUGUAUACCGAGAUCGGAUCGAUCGCCGCAGCACUUCGCAAGAAGGAUUCAAAAGUCAGACCUGUCAAGCGUAAGGCUGAUGGUACAGCCAGACCUCACAGAUACGCUCAAGCAUGGACUUUGACCUUUUCUGAUGCCGUCGGCCGCUUCCUUGGUAUCAACGUUGGAACUCCUCUCCAGAAACAGCUCUCCAGACUUGCGGUAUUGCUCUUCUUCGUUGCUGUCAUCUGUGCCGUUAUUGUCGAAGCCGCCAACGACUUCAGCAGCCAACAGGAAGUCAUCAUCUAUGCUGUCGCCACUGGUCUCAGUAUGAUUCCCGCAUCUCUUGUCGUUAUUUUAACCAUCUGUAUGGCCGCUGGUACCCGAAGAAUGGUUGAGCGUCACGUCAUCGUCAGAAAUCUGCGCUCUCUCGAGGCUCUUGGUGGUGUCACAGAUAUUUGCUCUGACAAAACCGGCACAUUGACCCAGGGCAAGAUGUUGGCCAAGAAGGCCUGGAUCCCCGCUAAGGGUACAUACUCCAUCGGAGAGACCGAUGAAACUUCCAACCCCACUGUUGGCGACCUCCAGUUCAGCCCCGAAGAACCAAGGAACAUCAAAGCUGGCGAAGAGAAGUACGACGUUGUCGCUUACGAUGAUGAACUCAAGGACAACGAACACCUUGCACACUUCCUCAGAGUAGCAGCCCUAGACAAUCUCGCCAUUGUUCAAAAAGAUGAAGACGACAAAUGGACUGCCCGUGGUGACCCCACCGAGAUCGCCAUUCAGGUAUUCGCCGCCCGCUUUGGCUGGAACAGAUCGACUUUCAUUUCGGGGAAAACCCCCUUGUGGAAGGAGAUCGCCGAGUUCCCCUUUGAUUCUGAUGUCAAGAAGAUGUCCGUCAUCUUUGAAGAAGCUGCUACUGGCAAGAAGCAGAUAUUUACCAAGGGCGCUGUCGAGCGUGUCAUCGGCUCCUGUACCCAUCUCUACCAAGAUGAGUCUGGUAGCCCUGUCAAGAUGACUGAAGCCAUUCAAGAAGACAUUCUGCAAAACAUGGAGGCCAUUGCCUCGCUUGGACUGAGAUGUCUGGCUCUGGCUAGCAAGGACUUUGAAGGCGAAAUCAAGAAGGACGAAGAGGUUGACCGUAACUCUAUCGAAAAUGGUCUCACCUUCAGAGGUCUUGUCGGCCUCUACGAUCCUCCUCGUCCAGAGUCUGCCUCUUCCGUCCGCCAGGCUCACGAAGCUGGUAUUAUUGUCCACAUGUUAACUGGCGAUCACAAGGGCACUGCACAAGCGAUUGCCGCCGACGUUGGCAUUCUUCCCACUCACAUGAAAGACCUGUCCAAGGAAGUCUUGGAUGCUAUCGUUAUGGAAGCCAGUGGCUUCGACAAGCUCAGCGACGAUGAAAUUGACGCACUCCCUGUUCUUCCACUGGUCAUUGCACGCUGCGCUCCCAACACCAAGGUUCGCAUGAUCGAGGCUCUACAUAGACGCAAGGCUUUCGCCGCCAUGACUGGUGAUGGUGUCAACGAUUCUCCCUCUCUUAAGCGCGCUGAUGUUGGCAUCGCCAUGGGUCUAUCUGGCUCUGAUGUCGCCAAGGACGCCUCCGACAUUGUUCUGACCGACGACAACUUCGCCAGUAUCCUCAACGCUGUUGAAGAAGGUCGUCGCAUGUUCGACAACAUUCAAAAGUUUAUUCUCCAUCUUCUCUCUCAGAACAUCGCGCAGGCACUUAUUCUGCUCAUCGGUCUCGUCUUCAAGGAUCUCGACAAUCUUUCUGUCUUCCCCAUCUCACCCGUUGAGAUUAUGUGGAUCAUUAUGAUCACCAGUUCAUUCCCUGACAUGGGUUUGAGUUUCGAGGAAGCCGUACCAGAUGUCAUGCGUCGUCCUCCCCAAAGUCUCAAGCGUGGUGUCUUCACCUUUGAAGUCCUUAUCGACAUGCUUGUCUACGGUAUUUGGGUUGCAGCACUCUGUCUGUGCUCUUUCUGCCUCGUUCUUUAUGGCUUUGAGGAAGGCAAUCUCGGUCGUAUUCCUGCCACUGGCUGCAACAACUCGUGGUCUCCAGAGUGCGAUGUCGUCUUCCGUGCUCGUUCGACCUGUUUUGCAACUCUGACCUGGUUCUCGCUCUUCCUCGCUUGGGAGAUGAUUGACCCUCGUCGCAGCUUCUUCCGCAUGAAGCCCGACUCUGAUCGCAUCCUUACUCAAUGGAUGUUCGAUGUCUGGCGCAACAAGUUCUUGUUCACUGCUGUCGUUGUGGGCUUCGUCCUCAUCUUCCCCGUCCUCUACAUCCCUGUCAUUAACCACGAUGUCUUCCGUCACACCGGAAUCUCGUGGGAGUGGGGUAUUGUCUUCAUCGCUACCCUCAUCUUCUUUAUUGGCAUUGAAUCCUGGAAGUGGGCCAAGCGUAUCUAUUUCCGCCACCAGGCAGCAAAGGCUGGACCUGAGGCUCAAGACGUUGAGACUGCCAUCUUUGGCAAGUACAUGCGCGACCUCACACCUGUUGGUAGCUGGUCACAGUCAACCAUGAAGGAGGAGGUUUGA